UGUAUCUACUGUAUGUGUUCUUCAAAUGCGGUCGCAGCAGCAAUGAAUUAUAUACAAUAAGACAGCACAUCACAACAAGAAGAAAGAGAAAACAUCAACAUUGUUUGGCACGGGGUGGAGUACAGGGUGGGGCACAAAGUGCAGCACAGGAUGGUCCAGAUGUUGGGGCACACAACGAGGAGGGUGAACCAUUUGUCCACACCACCGCAGGGUUUAUGACCACCACUGAAAUAUAUUGUUGACGGGACUACAAAUGUUUCGAGAGAGAGGCAGCCAAAAUAAUUUUCAUACCGACUUAAAAAGAUGCCUCCAUUGCAAGCAAUUUUAAAGAACUUGGACAAAUUUUUGAAGAACUUUCCAGUUUUCAGCUCUUUUCCAUUUGCUCUUUUGUUAAUUGGACUGGAGGAGUUGAUUGAAUUGAACUUCUCAUGUCCAUGCAAAUAUGAGCUGAAUAAAUAUCUAACAGCAUUCAUCUUCACUGGACCUCCUCUGUUUGCAUUUACAUUGAUGUUCAUCGCGUUAAGACCCUGUAACUAUGGAUGGCGUUUUUUAAAUAAAGCUGGAGAUGAUCAGCAAAGUUUUGCUAAAGGAAAUAAAGCUGGAGAUGAUCAACAAAGUUCCUCUAAAGCAAGUAAAGGUGGAGAUGAUCAGCUAAGACAUGCUAGUGCAAAUAAAGCCGGAGAUGAUCAGCAAACUUCUGCUAAAGGAAAUAAAGCCGUAGAUGAUCAGAAAAGUUUUGCUAAAGGAAAUAAAGCCGGACAGGAUCAGGAAAUUUCUGCUAAAGGACAUAAAGCUGGAGGUGAUCAACAAAGUUCCUCUAAAGCAAGUAAAGCUGGAGAUGAUCAGCAAACUUCUGCAAAAGCGAAUAAAGCCGGAGAUGAUCAGCAAAGUUUUGCUGAAGUGAAUGAGAAAAAAGAUGAUCAUCAGAAUUGUUGGAAAGCUUUGGGACAUUGUCUGAUUCCUCCUGUUAUGUGGAUCAUUACUGCAUUAAUUGAUGGUGAUUAUGUGGCUUGUGGCUUGACAAAUUGGAAAGGAACUUUUGUAUUUGAUCCAGAAUUAAGGAGAGCAUGGUGUAAACCCAGCGAAUCGGCCAAUGGAGGAAACCAGAGUGAACUGCGGUACGAGUAUCAGGGGUAUAUCAGCAUAUCAACGACUUUAGGUUAUGCAAUGCUUGCUGUCUUUAGUGUUGUUACUGUUUUCUUGAUGAGUAUGUAUGACUGCUUCACAAGUGGCAAAUGUGACUGCUUCAAAAGUGAAAAUUCUGCCUGCGGUGGAGGAACACAGAGGGUUCAGCAAGAUGUGGAACAGGGUUACGGACAAGAGUUUACACAACUUUAGCGAAACUGUUCUGACCCUGACACCCUCAGAACUUUAGAAGAAACCACUGAAUAACUUUUAAAUAAUUAUAUAAUAAUUGGGGAGCAGCUACAUUCGUCAUGAGGAAGAGAGGACCAGAGCUACCAUACGGGCCAAGGUUCAGCUGGGGUGGACUUCGAUAGCACAGCCUUCGUCCUUUUCGUGCAUCACCCUCAAAUUGUAUUUAAGAAGCCUCAACUGUUUUUUAGGGACAAAGUUCACUGCUCUUUCUCCCCCACCCUUUCUCCAUUUGUGUACCACCCUAGCCAUCCACCCCAUGGCCUCUCUCUUUUCUUCCCCACGACAA